AUGCUCCAAGGCAAGAAUUUUGUAACCGAAUGGGACGGUCUAGAGGACGAUUCUGCACUCUUCAGGCACGAGGUAGCAUUCUGUUUGGGGCAGAGGCAGGACCCCGCAGCAAUCCAGACCCUGGAAAGCAUCCUGCGCGACACCGCCGAGCACCCCAUGGUUCGGCACGAGGCCGGCGAGGCCCUGGGCGCCAUCGGCUCCCCCGCCUGCAUCCCGCCCCUGCGCGACCACGCCGCGGAUGGCUGCCUGGAGGUGGCCCAGACCUGCCAGCUGGCGCUGCAGCGUAUCGAGUUCCUGGAGGGGCACGAGCCGUGCGACCCCAGCGCGCCCCAGCGCUACCUGUCCGUGGACCCCACCCCCCCCGCCCCCGCCGCCACGCCCACCCCGGCCCUGGCCGCCACGCUGCUGGACGACGGCGCACGUAUCUUUGACCGGUACCGCGCGCUGUUCGCACUGCGCGAUCGUGGCGGGGAGGAGGCGCUGGAGGCCCUGGCGGGGGCCUUCGCCUCGAGCUCCGCCCUGCUCAAGCACGAGGUGGCCUACGUGCUGGGCCAGAUGCAGGACGCGCGGGCGGUGGCCUGCCUCAAAAGGGUGCUGGGCGACGCCGGCGAGGCGGCCAUGGUCCGGCACGAGGCCGCCGAGGCCCUGGGCGCCAUCGCCGACCGGGCCUGCCUGGCCCUGCUGCAGCAGUAUACCGAGGACGCCGAGCCCAUCGUGGCCGACAGCUGCAUCGUAGCGCUCGACAUGCUGGAGUUCGAGCAGAGCGGCGGCUUCCAGUACGCGGACGACGGCGCAGUGGCGACCUAG